AGAGUUUGACAAUGGAUCGAAUAGAAUAUCCGAGUUAUUGUGAAACUUGCAAGAAAGGACCCUUUGCUGGCAAUACUCCUGCUCAGCAACAUUUUAACAGUCAAGCUCACCUAUCAAAAGAAGCCCAGAGAAAUGCAGAAAGGCAAAUGUCAUCAGGCGAGAGUGGUCUGAGAGGUUCAGAGAUCUAUAUAUCGGAGUGUAACGCUUGUGGGAAAAAGUUCAACAAUGAGUUAAGUGCAGAACAGCAUUUUGCAAGUGAGAACCACAGAAAAAGAGCAGCCUUCGUUCAUUCAACAGAAUCAACCUCACCAAAAAACUCCUAUGAAUACAGUGACAUCGAAAUUGAUUCACCCCACGAUUCUAGUUACCCUUCAGAGAAUUUAGUAGACCUCCAACCUAGGCAAGCUGCCAUAGCUUGGACUGCGAUUUCAUCACCCACUGGACCUUGUUCUAGUUCCCAAAAUCUAACUGAAUAUACAUUUGAUAAAAUGAGUCGCAAGGGUUUCUGUAAUGUUUGUCAUCUUGAUUUGACAUCUGAAGAGCAUGCUAAACAACACCUAAGUGGCCAGAAACACUUAAAAGCAAAGCAACGUUUUGGAAACAAUAUUCAAACACAGGAAAUUCCAUCUCCAAAGUCCUCUAACACUGUUUCCCAAAAGGAGUAUGCUUUUGAUGGAAUGCGUGGAUAUUGCUUUGUGUGCAAAAUAGAGCUGACAUCUCAUCAGCAUGCUGGUCAACAUAUAAGUGGAAACCGUCAUGCAAAAGCAAAAGCAUCUCAAAGUUCCUGCUUUAAUCAAACACCUACCACUAGUCCACAACAAUCUCCAAGUGCAAAUGACAAGAGUGACCAAAAGCAGGAAUAUGUGUUUACUGGUGGAAGGGGUUUUUGUUACAUCUGCAGCUUAGAACUGACUUCCAAUGCUCAUGCACAACAGCACCUGUCUGGAAAAAACCAUGAAAAAGCAAAACAAAAGGUGUGUGGUAGUAUUCCAAGCUCUCUACCUUUGACAUGUGAAAUCUGUAAGAAAACAUUCUCUGGGCCUGAAUGUGCUUCUCAGCACUUCAUCAGCGCAAAACAUCUACAAAAAGAAGCUCUAGUAAAAGCAGAAAACCCCACAGCCCCUGUUGCAAAUCGGGAAAUUCUUGGAGCUGUAGCAACUGUUAUUGAUAAAACACAGUGGGUUUUAUGUGAGGUUUGUAAUGUAAGAUUAAAUUCUGUGGAACAGCUCAAUAUUCAUAAAAACAGUCCCAAACAUAAAGCAGAGGAAGAGAAAUUGGCAAGAAUGGGAACAAAUGUGGAGGUGAUGAAAACACCAGAUUUCAAUAUGGAUGCUAUUAAACCAAGAUUUCAGGUCCAAAACACCGGUGCUCUCCCAGCAUCACUAAUGAGAGAUGUUGUUGGUCAAAAACCUGUCAACUUCAUUAAACCAUCAUUAAGUUCUUUUGGACCAGACUCGUUUUUGUCAAAUCAGCCAGGAAUGUUUGCACAAGAACUGGGAAAAGAGGACUUGACCAUGGGUACUUUCCACACACUGGACGUAGAUUCAAUUAUAUAUGAAAAACCCAUUGAGGUACCGGUAAUUGACUUUGAAGAAGACACAAGUCCAAAAGUAAAAUACAUAGAAGGUCAGAUUGGUCAAACAGAGCCUGCUGGAUUUCAUGAAGGAAGGAACUUGAAGGAAAAAUGCAGGGAAAAGGAGUUGGAAAAGGAUAUGAUAAAUGACAAGAUAAAUACAUCCUCCUCUUCUCAGAGUAGUUUUGAAAUGCCAGAGCUGGAAUCUAUUGAUUCAUCAAAGAGAAACACCUGUGAUAAAGAAACAAAAAGUAAAAAAGAUUUGGAGAAUCUAACCAAAAAGCGGCUGAAUUCAAACGAACCAAGGCCUCCGGGUGCAUAUCCUUAUGUCAGUUUGAAAAGUAACGAAACACGGUGUAGUUCAUCAGGUGACAACAAUGCAUCCUUGACAAAGAUUUACAAUAAAUCAUUCAUACCCAGUGAGAAAACAGGAAUUGUGUCAGGUCCAAGCUCAUUGCAGCAGAGUGUCAGUUCAGCAGUAGCUUCGGGGCAUCAUGUGAUGAAGUCAAAUUCUAACCAAUCUGGAACUGAGCUUGAUGGCAAAAAACUGGAUGACAGAGAUAAAAAUUCCGCCACCCAAAACACUGCUGACAGUAAAAGCAACAGCCCUCCAAAAGCCCCAAGUAAUUCUAGAUCCAGUGGUUCUGCAUUAGUGACCCAUGUAUCAAAUUCCAAUUCAAGAGGAGGUACAAAAGACGGUGGUGGAUGUACCCUAUUAUACGAUUCCUCAGACUCAUCUGACGACUCGGAUGACCAAGAUGACUUUUUUCGCUGUACAAGUAUAGAUGUUCAGCAGAAAUUGCAAGAGCUUGGAAUUGAUUCACUGAGCCCCAAACCCACAGAAUCUCUUGUUUUUAUCAAACACAACAAUGAUGUCAGACCAAGCACUGGAGUUCCAAAGUAUUAUUGUGAAAUUUGUCAAAGCCAGAUGAAUUCUAAAAAAUCUUUUAAGUCUCAUAUAGAAGGAAGAAAACAUAUGCAGAGAGUUGCAGUUAUGGAUGCACAGCCAAGGAGCCAUCAGCCUAUUGUAAAGGAGGUUCUAAACCAAGGAAACACUAACUGCAGCCUAACGGCCUGGACACCUAGGUCAUAUCAGUGGGAGCUGUAUGGGAGAGCCAUGGAGGGUGACAGAGUUAUCUUUCUUCCCACAGGAACCGGCAAGACAUUGAUAUCGUGUAUGACCAUCAGUUCUAUGUUGGAGUUGAACCCCACGAGACAAGCCUUGUUCCUGGUUGAUAAAGUCCUCCUUGUGAUACAACAGUCUCGCUAUCUCGUCAAGCAGAUCGGCGAUAGGAUCUACAAAAGAUUUGACCCUGAAAAUCCUUCUAAACUUGUGGAGAGAAAAUUAAAGAUAGCAGCGCUAUGUGGAGGCCAGCAAUCCACCCAAGGGGUCCCUAUCUGGCAACAUGACCUCAUUGUGGUCACAGCUGCAUACUGUGAGCAGCUUAUAAUGAAGAAUGUUUUGAGAUGGGAGGACCUGUGUAUAGUUGUGUUUGAUGAAGCCCAUCACUGCACCAAAAACCACCCCUUCAACAAGCUCCUAGAAAACAACCAUUUAACCAGACCCUUGGGCGAGAGACCUAAAAUCCUUGGACUCACUGCCUCCCCAGCAGGCAAAAAGACAUUUCCUAUCACUGUCACAAUGCUGAAAAAUUUGAUGAUCAGUAUGGGUGAAACUGAAAUUGGUGUCACAAAAGAACAGAAAGCAGAGUUGGAUAGAUAUCAAUCCAGUGCAGAACUUAUUGUCCAUUACAAACCAAUGAACGACAAUGAACAGAAGUUUCAGAAUGAGCUUCAAAUGUACCUGCUUAGAUGCUUUCUUCGGCUGAAGGCUGAGACGAACAUUCUGGACAAAAUUGAUCAAGGCAUGGAGCCCAAAAAAGCAGAGGAUUUGCAUGGAGAUAUUCUCAACUGUUUGGAAGUUUCUCUAAAUGAUGCAGAAUCUUAUGAUCAAUCAGCAGCUAAAAAAAUUGAAAAUAGACAUUUAGUAUUACACACCAGGUUUAUAUGCAUUGCUCUGAACACUUUGUUCGAAGCCGGUGUCAAAACAGCAGUGGAAGAGUUGGAUGAGCUUAUGGCUCUGGAUGUAAAUUUUAACUUUGAUUUUGCCAAAGAAAAUAAUCUUGAUCCUGAUAACCUUCAAUCUGUGAUUAGAUUAGUGAGAAAAGAGAAAAUCAGCUUGCCAGGGUCCAUCAACCCUGAAACUCAACAUUCAUCCAAAAUUGUUGCGCUUAUUCACACCAUUUUAAACAAAAACAACAUUGACUGGACACAGGAAAACCCCAUGACCCUUGUUCUUGUCAAGGAGAGGAUCACAGCUAGCAAGAUCAGCAAAAUCCUGCAGGAACAAGAUGACAUAAAGAAAAUGGGACUUAAGGUGACUCAUCUGGUGGGCCAUGGUGGAGGGUCAGGUGAGGGGGGUGGAAUGGGGGUGAAUCAGCAGAAGAAAAUACUGCGGGAUAUCAAACACCACAAGUACCACAUUGUGGUGGCAACGUCGGUAGCAGAGGAAGGUAUAGACAUACCAGAAUGUGAGUUGGUGAUCACCAUGAACUUGCCCUCCUCUGUCACAGCUCUAGUCCAGAUGAGAGGCAGAGCAAGGAAAGAACAUAGCAAGUUUGUCGUUCUUUGCAGUGAGAAGAUGGAGGAAGACAAGUUGAAGGAGUUGUUAGAUAGGGAGGGAAAUAUGAUCAAGGCAGCCAAUUUUCUAUUUGACAGUCAAAAGAGACCAGAAUAACUAGAGGGCAAAUCGUAAUCUCUGAAUUUGCACAGGAACUCUGGUCUGAUUUGACUAUCAAAUAGUUUGUCCUGAUCAUAUUAUUCAUAUAGUUAAGUUUAACUGGUGCAAGGUAUUUGAUGAUCACUUUAAUUUAGAGUACAUCUUAAUUAUUUAUUCAUUUGAUACAAAGUAUCUAGGGAACCAUUUCAUCUGUUCAUCAAAAAUGUUGCGACAGUGAUAUACUAGUUACUGAAAUACUUGCGAAUGGAAAAUUUGGAAAUACAAUUUGUGUAUUGAUUUGUUUCACGAGAACUAUCUGCUUGUAAAUUUAAAUGUGUAAAAUUGGCAAACAGUCUUAUUAUCUUGUCAACAUUUUCAGAUUUUUGUUUAAGCAUUUCUCAAUUGAUUAAUUCUGUAUGUUAAACAUUCCUUAAAAUUUUAUUUCUUAUUGCCUGACGUCAUGUGACCUAAGUAACAUUAUCCAAAUUUUUCACCUUAUGGAUCAGUUACACUAUUUAAUAUAAUUAAUAUAAUUAAUAUUAAAAUUAUAGAUCUAAUAUUUACCCGUGAACUAUUAUCAAGUAAAGAAAAAUUCCAAAUAUUGGGACUUUAAGAUGUAAAUAUUUUUCUCAAGCAGAUGAAUGUACAAAAUGUAGUCUAAAAGGACCAAUCAAUCCUCUUAAUAGGACCGUAUACAUAUGCUAUGAUUUAAAUAUUUUUUUAAACAUCAACACAAGUUGAUAUGGAUGUAAGCUUCAUUGAAAUAUGCAUUGAUAUCUAAGUUGCAUCUUGUUGAUUUACUGAAUGGCCAACAAUAAAGAAGACACUGCUACAUUAAGUAUCUGUUCAACUUGCAUGUGGUCUACACAAAGUGUAUGGUUAGGUUAAAAUGGAUUUAACCUCGAUAGAGUUCGAAAUUCAUUAAAUAUUUUAUAAAAAGAAUUGAAAAGUGAUAACAGUUUCAUUGUUAAAAUGUACAGAUUUUAAUAAAGUUGGACGAGCUGAGGUUCAUACGGGAGUAAAUCGAGAUAGUAUGUAAAUAUGAUUAAUAUGUAAUUUUAGUUUAACAAUGUUCGAGCCCAAGUAAUUUUUUUAUUUUAUUUUGACACAGCGGUGACACGCUUAAUAUGAUUUUUUAAAAAUCUUUAUUAUAUAGUAUUAAUUUACUGGGAGCAACGCGAUUUUGAGCUUCAGGUUAUUUUAAACUUAGUUUUACCCUUGAAAUAUUCCAAAGAAUUGAUUAUUCACAUUAAUAACACCACAUGUCUGUUCUUUUGUUAGACAUAACUGUCUUGUCUAGCCGAAGAAACGACUGGCAUUAUCUACAUUUCAAAUAGGCCCUCAUUAUUAUAAUUGUUUAAAUAUUCUUCAGACCAUAACGAAUACUUGUAAUUUUGUAAUGUUUUUGAGUCACGUAAUAAUAUUUUCCUGUGCUAAACAUAACAUUGUUAUCGUCUUAGGACGAAUAUGAAAUAUCUGACCCUUAUUUAAAAAAAAAUCUUAAUUAAUACUGUAUUCAUAUAUGCUAUUUUUGGCUUCAACUAGAAUACAACAGGUACACAACAUUGUACUUGCUGCCAUUUUGGUUAAUUCGACUUGAAUUUCCACAUAAUUUCAAUUAUGAGUCAUACAGAGUACACACGUUACUUCUAUAUGAAUUUGUCUAUAUAUGUCUCAAUUUGAAUGGAUAUAUAUCGACAUUGUGCUUCAAAAGUUUAGCAAAGAAGUCAAAUUCAUGACUGAAUUUCUACGAAGUAGAACUAUUACUUAUUGUUUGCAUGUAUGGAUCAGCUAAGGAUUUUUUGUUAUAGUUUCUGUUGUACCUCGAUUUUCGUUACAGUGGUGUAGUUCUGUGUAAAACUGAUAUCCCUUUUAGCUGCUUUGAAUAUGCAAACGCAAACUUGGUUGUCGCCCACUAUAAUUACCGGUAAUUCAAUCGUUGUUGUGUCUGCAUAUGUGCGGAGCUGCGGCUAUCUAGGUAAAACAUCACAAAUUGCAAAUUAUACAUUAUAACUGAGUUGACGCCUGAUUAAAUGUUAAUUGAUGCAAAAAAAUAUUUGAAAUCUUCAUUUUAACUUAUUUAAUUGCAAUUUGUUGAUACAGUGUGAUUAGCCUUAAAUUUCCAUGAAAAGACUAGAUAGUAGUUAAAUCUGUUUUCUAAUGAAGUGCACGAAUACUAGUUUGGAAACCAUUUGAGCCUGUUUAUUUGUAAAAGAUGUGCUCAUUUACACUUGUUAUAAAUUUCAAAUCAUUUUUGUAAAUUUAGCGUAGAAAAGAAUGGAAAUCAGAACAAGUGUAAUUUUUCUCAAAACGAAAAAAGAUGUGUUAAAAUCUGUCAGUUCAAAUUGUUUGCGUUAUAAUUACAUUAUGUCGAUUUUUUCAUGUGUAGUUGUAAUUUGUUCGAUUGUAAUUAAAGCUACGAAAAUGGCUAA